AUGACUAAAGAGCGUGCUAAAAAGAUUUUAAAUGCAAUAGAUAAUGGUAAGUUUCUUAUAAGAGUAAAAUUUGUUAGAGACAAUUUUUUCUAUGAUAGAAGAUAUAAUUAUGCAUUUAAAAUUAUUGAUAAAUAUCAGUCUAUUCAAGAAUUAAAGAGGGCUAAUAAGAAAUUUGUUUUAGAAGGUUCAAAUGUAAUCCUUACAAAGAAAAUAAAAUCAGACUUCUGGAUAGGAAUUAAUAAGAAAUUUUUAGUUAGGAUCAUUCAAGAUGAAAAAUUAUCAGAUUAUAUUGAACUUGAUGCAAAUGCAGUUAUAUAUGAAUUGUAUCGAAUCUGA